GCAGCUCAUCUGCAAGUCAGAACCAAACACAGAUCAGCUUGAGUAUGAGGUCACAGAAGAGCAUCAGUCUCCAACUGGAAUCAGCAGUGAUGAAGAGGAGGAGAUGCUGAUCAGUGAAGAAGAGAUUCCCUUCAAAGAUGACCCAAGAGACGAAACCUACAAACCCCACUUAGAAAGGGACACUCCAAAGCCAAGGAGGAAAGCAGGCAAGGGGAAGGAAGAAAAAGAGAAACAGAAGGAGAUUAAAGUGGAGGUGGAGGUGAAAGAAGAAAGUGAGUUUCGGGGAGAUGAGGAGCCACCCAGGAAGAGGGGAAGGAGGAGAAAAGAUGACAAGAGCCCACGGCUGCCUAAAAGAAGGAAGAAGCCUCCAAUACAGUAUGUACGCUGUGAGAUGGAAGGCUGUGGCACAGUCCUCGCCCACCCUCGCUAUUUGCAGCAUCACAUCAAAUACCAGCAUCUGCUGAAGAAGAAAUAUGUGUGUCCCCAUCCCUCCUGUGGACGGCUCUUCCGGCUCCAGAAGCAGCUGCUACGGCAUGCCAAACACCACACAGAUCAAAGGGAUUAUAUCUGUGAAUACUGUGCCCGGGCAUUUAAGAGUUCCCACAACUUGGCAGUGCACCGGAUGAUCCACACGGGCGAGAAGCCUUUACAGUGUGAGAUCUGCGGCUUCACCUGCCGGCAGAAGGCCUCUCUGAACUGGCACAUGAAAAAGCAUGACGCAGACUCUUUCUACCAGUUCUCCUGCAACAUUUGUGGCAAGAAGUUUGAGAAGAAGGACAGCGUGGUGGCACAUAAGGCCAAGAGCCACCCAGAGGUGCUUAUUGCUGAAGCACUAGCUGCCAAUGCAGGCGCCCUAAUCACCAGCACCGACAUCCUGGGCACUAGUCCAGAGUCCAUUGCCCCACCCACCGAUGGCCAGGGCCUUCCCCUCCUCCCUGACCCCCUGGGAAGCACUGCCCCUGGCGAGUGCCUACUGCUGAACCCUGACGGGAUGCCAAAGGCGUACUGCAGUGGGGCUGAGCGCAUGAGCCUGAUGGCCGAUGGCAAGAUCUUCGUUGGCAGCGGUAGCAGCGGGAGCACGGAAGGUCUGGUCAUGAACACGGAGAUUCUGGGAGCCACCACAGAGGUUCUGAUUGAAGAUUCUGACUCUACCGGACCUUAGCAGGCAGGGAGCACGUGGUUGUUGGGACAGCUCGGACUUUGUAUUUAAAAAAAAAUGGAGAAACUUAUUAAAAAAGAGAGAAGUUAAACAAAUUUAAAAUACUAGUAAAUAAACGAAGGGCCUGCUCCCCUCCAGCGUGGAUCACAG